AUGUCGCAACUUGCGGAUCUCACAGACUCGAGCAUUGUUAUGGCAGAGCAGAAAAACCACGAUGUGGUAAAUCAGACCCUGUCGGGCGGCGAGCCUUCGCCUUCCGACGUUCCUGCGAGCACCAACGACAAGAUCUUUGCUGGAGGGGACGUGGGGGAGACCAAACAUACCACCGAAACAACACAGACAACAACAAACGCGAACGAUUCACAGAGCGAACAAAGCCGGAGUGCUGCCGACUCAUCGCUGGGGAAGAAUGAGUCGGGAAGGGACUUUGAGGGCUCAUCGACAGAUAAGGAUUUCUCAAAGCAGGGUCCGGGACCAGUUGCUACACGAGCGCUCGAGAUGAAUGGGGUAGCUUCGGUGUCAGAUGGAGGGGAGGAUACUGCUUCCCAAGGUGGCUCGGAGUCAGACGCCAGUCGAACGGACGGUAAGCGUUCGAGCUCGAAGAAACCGGCGACGUUCAAACCUGUUUCCUUCGCCAAAUUCUCUGUUCCUAAGGCUCCAGGCGCGCUAAGUGCCACCAAGACAUCUGCGCAAGCCCCUUCGUCGUUAACUACCCCUAUGAGCGGAACACUGCAGAGUUCACGUCCACGCUUGGUCGCCAAAACGACCAGCAGCCUACGUGAUUCAUUGUCAAAGUCCGGAGCUGGUGCAGGCAAAGCAGGUGGAGGGGGCCCGGAUCCAAAUCAGGUGUGGAACAAGAAUAGACCGGUCCAGCCUACGCCGCCGAAGCACUUGACAGACGAAGAGCUGAAGCAGCAAUACGGGAUUCAUAUGACCUCUCGUAUUCAAGAAGAUGGUGGUGGAACUGAAGCGAAAUGGGCCGAUAUCGAUGACGAUGAAGAUGACUGGGCGCCUGAGACGAUCGAAUGGACCGACGGUACCAAGACCAGUCUUGCCCAUACUGAGACCGCGCAUCCGACUGGCCAAGAUCCGAAGGCACUGACCGAGACAAAGAUUAGUCCUCCAGCGCUAGAGCCCGUUCCUAUCAAAGAAGCGCCAAAGGUCGUUCCGAAGUCGACAACCAUCAUUGGGCCCAAUCCUACGGUCCUCAGACUUGGGGCAAACGCGGAGAGACAAGCGAAGAGUGCAACCGUUCUAUCGAAAGGGCCAAAUGACAAGCCGUCUUCAGCGUCCACAAGCCCUGCCCCCCCACCCGCGAAGUCGCCUUGGGCCCAAUUACCACCUGUUGAAAAAGUAUCCCCGGUUAUGCCACCUGUUCAAGUUUAUACUCCUGGUCAUCCCCCCGUUAAAGAUUCUCAUGUGAGCGAGGCGCCCAGCGGAAUCAUACCUCCCAAGGAGAUUGCCGCUGAUGACUUCAACCGAACCUGGCGAGAGACGCAAUCAGGAGCAACUCGCGAGCUAUUCAACUCCAGGUCUGGUCGUUACGAGCCUGUCCCCGAGGUCAGAAAGGCACCAUGGCGUCACGAGCAAAGCUUUCGACCAUCAACUCUGCUACAGCGACCCACGCAAGGCGAGCAGGCAGGACCUGCCGAACCUUCUCCAGCCUUUCAGACUCACCGAUCGAGUGGCCACGAUUCUGGUCACUGGACCCGUCGGCGAACUUCAUCCAACGUGAGCGGAGGAAGCGGAAGCUUUGGGCGUCGGAUGUCGAUCGGUCGACCUGAUGCGCCACAGAGAAUGUUCGAGACGAGAAGAGGGUCACAGGUCAACGGAAACAUAGACCCAUCAUUGCUACACAAAGAACAAUUACCCUCAAAAGAAGCACCAGUGCGCGGGCUUUCGCCAGGACGCCAUGGUCCAGCCUCAGCUGCUCGGCCCUCACACGGGCCCGCAGGCCCUCAACAAGACAUAUCUGUGAAUGAUUCUCACAUGAGCAACCAACAACCCUCAGCAUCACCUGUUCCAGAAGCAGUUGAUACCGCGGUACUGGCCCCUCAGGAAGAUCCUGUUGCCAUGCAAGAACGUAUCAUGAAGGAGAAACGGCUGGAAGCUCGGCAGCGACGUCUGGAACAAGAAGAGAAGGAGGAGGCUGCGAAACGCGAAAGAAUACGGCAGAAGCUCGAGGCAUUAGGACCAGCGCCCGAAAAGCCGAAGCCGAAGCGCAAAGAGUCUUUGGACACCAGUAAAGCCGAAGUAAAUGCAUCCUUGGCUGCUGCGCAAGCAUCGCACUCUCCGCCCAAGCCCCCAGUACCAGAACCGACUGGAGAACCGAAGCAAUACGGAAUGAUGAAGGUUCACCAUCCCGAUGCCGUUAAAAAGCUCGUUGCUGCCAAUGAAAAGGAGAGAAUUGUGGAGAAACCGGCUCCGAUCGCCAAUGCUCGGCGCGCACCUUCGCCAGCUCGUGAACCCAAACACGACGCCGCCAUGGUAUCUGGGCCCCCACAGCUUGCCGAUUCCCAGCAGUCUCGGGUUUCCGACAAGCUUUCUGAAUCAAGGACUGAAGAGUCGAGCUCGCAGUGGAAGAGCAAUCUUGAUGUAUCGAGCUCGUAUUCUCCAUGGUCCGCGAACACUAAGCUUGGCGCCGCGGCUUCUUCCAUCGCAAACCCCUGGAAGCCUCUGAGUAACGACAAGACACUCGGUAAUGGCAUCUUUGAUCAGGCCCUUGGAGGCUUUCCACCUAGAGACAUCUCUCUACGUGGUCAUCUUGGUCUCGACCAACCUCCAAUGCCCCAUGGUCCACAACCCUUUACCGCCCCUACUCGACCUACACAGGAAACCACAACGAUCCCCUCCUUGCCUUCUCCUGAGGUCCGACAUGUACCUUUUGACCCUAUGCAUCCAAUUGUUCGUCCCGGUCCAAUUGGCCCUCCUAGUACACAACAGCCUCAUUGGCAGCAGGAACCCCAUGUCACUAGCACCGCGGCCUGGAAUAACUUCCACACAGUUGCUGCGAAACGUGAAGCGGAAGAGAACGAAAAGCUUCUUAGUGAUAUGAAUACUGUGCGCGAGGGCCAGUCUCUGCAGGUUUCGUUCAACGAGACAUGGCGCCAAGUUCGCGCUGGCGAUCAGAAUGGCCAGAGACAGGUCAUCGGUGUUCAAAGGUCAACCGAAAAUACAGGGGCAAUCUCUAGCCAUCUUCCCGGAUUCGACCAUCCUGUCAGCACCCUUCCAUUUGCCGAUACCCACGCUCGUCCACUGGUCAACGUUCCGGCUCGGAGUUCGCGAUUCUUUCCCCAGGCAACAGAGCAAUUUAAGAGACCGGCAUACGAGGAAGAAGAUCAAAUCCGGAGCCCAUCCCCGCCACCUCCAGAGGAGUUGUCGAAUCACCCAGUGUAUACUGGAGAUUCUAACAGGCCUUUGGUUCAUCUUCCUGCUCCCAAACCCAUUGUCAAACUCCCUCCUAAGUUUGUUGCUCCGCCGCCGCCGCCGCCGCCUCCAACUUUUGCUUCUAUGGUUGCUGCACCUCCACGUGCUCCCCCCCAACCCAUCUCGACCGCAACCUCCUGGCAGGAGAAGAUCAACUGCCUCUUUGGAAAGAAGACUGUACCCGAGAAGAAGAACGCUCUGGCAGUCACUUCUGCAUCUAAAGAGCCUCUUGAUGUUCAAUUGCAUAUUGCAGCGGUUUCGGUUUCCCUUCCUCACCAUAUCGAGAAUGUUAUUCUCACAGGUGAUGGAGUGGCGAGUGCCCAGCAAGUCGAGGAGACAGAGGAGAUUUUUGAAGACCGUGAAGCAGGUUCCUUGCCUGUCGUUCGCGUACCCAACAAUGCUCCUCCCGCAGCCUGGCAUGCCGCUCCCCCGCCGUCUCAAUCUCGCCUGAGGGUCAAGAAUCUCAAGCCGAUGCAGGUUCACAGUAUUGAGCCUUAUCUCUUCGGCAUUAGUGACAAAGACUCCCCCGGUAGCCUCCGUGUUUCAAUCCGCUUUCCAGGUACCAUCGCUGCGAAAACAAUGACUCUCCCUAAGAAGAUUGGAGGUCAGAGUUCUCGACAGCGAGGGCCAUCGACCUUUAAGCCACGAAAGGGCACGAAGCCUCGGGAAGGGUCUGGGAAUUCUAAUCCAAAGAAGACCACAUCUUCCCAGCAGAAUGGUAGCGGCAGCAGUUCUUCGCCACGACACCAACCGCGAAAUGCAGCCUGGGGCCCGCGUACCUUUAGCGGAUCUCAAUAA